UAUAAAUGGGUAAUAAAAAAAAGAUGCAUAAACGACGCAAAAGCUGCUUGUUGUCGUUUUCCGAGGCAGAGGUCGUUGUCAGGUACCGUUUCGUUCCUGAAAUGUGUUUCGUGUAAGUGAUUGCAGCACAUGGACGGAGAGGCUCUCCGGCAGCAGAGGAGGGAACCUCGAGGUUCAGGGGAUCUCCUCGCCAACGUCACGCGGCGAGUCUCGGACCAGAAAAACGCCGAAAGACGAGCAAACGGGCGACGUUUUACAGCAGUGGGAGGAGCCGAGAGAGCUCGCGAGUCCUCAGCCGCUCGGUGGGAGGAGCCGAGCGCUGGUGCUGAGCUGAUAACGCACUGAGCGGAGGGAUGAACAUUUGCGGCGCUUUUGGAUAACCGAAGGAAAAGAAAACAUUUCAUGUGAGAAGAAAACAAGGAUGACCUUGAUCAGGGAACUCUGUUGUGGACAGUUUUCGUACUUUCUCACAAUGGCCUCUUUGCCGAUGUUCAGCGUCAGACCGUAAGCAACUAACAGAGACACACAAACAAAAGGGGCCCGAUCCGCUCAUGCUGUUUUGGCUGGACUGUCCAGCUCUGUACAAUGAAGAGACCGAAGCAGCAGUCACAGUCCCUCAGUUUUCUCAGCUUCUUCAGCCGAAAGCCCAAAUCCGACCCCAGGAUUGAGAAGCCCACCGGGACUUUGAACAAGGAGGAAGUGGCCAUCACUCUCACGCCCAAUGAGCAUGAGCAUGUGGAACAAGAGCGGGCUCACGGUGAUGUUGGAUUAGAGGGCGGCAAGGAUGCAGGAGAUCCUGGGAAAGGUGACGGAGGUGGAGUGGGAGAAGAUGAGGGAGGAGCGGAGUGUGGGAGCAGUGGCUCAAUGGGAGUACUGUCCUUGUCCUCCUCCAGUCAGGAGCAGCUGCUGGAGCACCUGGUCGAGUGCCCGCUCUGCCUCCUGAGUCAACCGCGCGGACACUUCCCUCGCCUGUCCUCCUGCCAGCAUCGUGCCUGCACCGACUGUUUGCGCCAAUACCUACGCAUCGAGAUCUCAGAGAGCCGCGUGGGCAUCGCCUGCCCGCAGUGCCCCGAAGCUCUGGCUCUUCCCGAUGUCCGUGCCAUCCUGGAUGACGGCGCACUGCUGGAGCGCUUCGAAGAGUUUCAGCUGCGCCGCUUUUUGGCUGCUGACCCAGACACGCGCUGGUGCCCGGCGCCAGAUUGCAGCUACGCAGUGAUAGCUUACGGCUGUGCCGAAUGCCCCAAACUGAGCUGUGGUCGGGAAGGCUGUGAAACCGAGUUCUGCUACCACUGCCGGCAGCUGUGGCACCCGGACCAGACAUGUGACCAAGCCAGGCGUCAGCGCGCUCGCCACACGUCAGGAGCCAAUGAUGUUUCCACGCUCUACGUCUUCAACGAGGAGCCUGGUGAUGCAGAGGAGAUCAAGCCCUGUCCACGUUGCGGUGCCUACAUCAUGAAGACUAAUGAUGGCAGCUGCAACAGAAUGAACUGUACAGUGUGCGCUUGUCAGUUCUGUUGGCUGUGCAUGCAGGAGAUCACUGAUGUGCACUACCUCAGUCCCUCAGGCUGCACGUUCUGGGGAAAAAAGCCAUGGUCGCAGACCCGCAAGGUUUUGUGGCAGGUUGGCAUGCUGCUCGGGGCUCCGGUGGUGAUCUCACUUAUAGCGGGCAUUGCGAUACCAGUCAUCAUUGUGGGCAUCCCGAUUUAUAUGGGCCGCAAGGUUCAUGGUCGCUGUAAGAAAAACAAUAUCUCAGGAAGUAAACAUUAUCUGACAGUGGCCAGUGGGGUCAUGAUGUCUGUUUUUGUGUCUCCAGUCAUAGCAGCCAUUACUGUGGGGGUUGGGGUGCCUCUUAUGUUGACGUACGUCUACGGGGUCGUGCCCAUGUCGUUGUGUCGUAAUGGCUGGUGCAGGCCACAAACUGAACCUCCUGAUGUGCGCAACAUACAGCUGGAAGAUCUGGCCAACUAUCUUCUAUUUUCUCAUGUAGUCAGUGAUCACUGGACCGGCCAGCCCAACUCAGCUCUAUCCGACGGAAGUGUACAGGAAGUGAGCGUGAAUGUGGAGGAAGUGAUGCCGCUUCCCAGCACCAGUGUGGUCCAAUCUGGAGCAAAGGGCUCAGCUGAACCUCCUAAUGACGGACAGGUCGACCACACUGAGCAGGUCGUUCGGUCAGACGAUGUGGAUGUAGUUGAGGAGUGUGCCUUCAGCAGCACGCAAACAUUUGCCCUGAGCAGGGAAGGCACUAAUAUUGAGGUCCGUGUGGAGAUCGAGGCCCAGCCACGGGACGGCCGGAAGCCGAGUCUCAGCAGCGUUCUGUCCAGCAAGAGCCUGUCGGCAGAAUCGCUCAGCCAGUCCCGUGAACCUCUGUGUGCCUCUCAACAGACAGGGAGCGCCGACCCCGUGCCAGUUCCCGAGAUAGACAGCGUCUGAGCAAAUCCUGGCGAACCACUGCUUCCACAGCCCACCUACACUCCCGGCGGGUGCUUCCAGCCUCUGCCUGCAAACACAGAGAGCGUGAAAGAAAAAAGAGAGGGAGGGAUGAGGAUGAGAGGCCAGGGCUGCUGCCAAAAUGCCACGGAGGGGAUUAAAGACGAUCGUAUAAACUCAGAUGACCAAGCGCAUGUUUGUCAACGAGUUUGAGGAGUGCUAAUCAAUUUUAUACUGUGUUCUAUAGGAAACAUUGCCUAUUUGGAUGCUGGUCUGUUUAAUUUAUUCAAUUAGCUUUUCUUUUAGCUGUACCCUUUUAUCUGAUGACCGUAUGGUUCGUGUCCCCGGGCUUAUUCGUCGGUAAAAAAGGAAAAAGCAUUAAACUACGGAUUAAUAGCAUGGUUAAUUCUGCCACAGUUGCUAGCCUGACAUGUCGUGCGACUAGCAACGUGGUGAAAUGCGGUACUUGUACUGCAGGCUAAUGCUAACUUGGCUUAUGGGCUUUUCCCUCGUGGUAUUCAUUCAUUUGAAUUAUGCAAUAUUAUUUUACAUAACGGUCGCAUUUUCAAGUAAAAUCUGUGGGAUUUUGGUCUAGAAUUAGUCUUCAGCAUUAUGCUGCUUUUAAUGUGUGACCCUGGACCACAUAACCAUUUGUAGGGAUAGUCAACAACACAGCUUAUGGGUGGAAAUUAUAGAUUUUUCUUUAAUGCUAAAAAUCAUUAGGAUAUUAAGUGAAGAUCGUGUUCCAUGAAGACAAGAUUUGUACAUUUCCUACCAUGAAUAUAUCAAAACGUAGUUUUUGAUUAGUGAUAUGCAUUGCAAAAAAAACUUUAAAGGACAUUUUCUCAAUGUUUAGGUAUUUUUGCACCAGAUUCCAGAUCUCAGACAAAUAUCGUCCUAUCCUAACAAACCAUACAUCAAUGGAAAGCUUAUUAAAUUCACCUUUCUCAAUUUCAACAAAUCAACCCUUUUGACUUGUCUUGUGGUCCAGGGUCACAUUAUGUCCUGAUUAUGAUCAUCUGUUUCCCUCUGUUCACUUGUAGAUUUUCAUUUCUUCGGUAAAGGUUUUGUUUUGAGUACAUAAGAGGUUAAAAGCCCAUUAACUAAAGAGAGCACCUUAUUUCAAACAUCUACACUGACUUCCGCUUACUAAGUAAUGCCUUGUAUUGCUACCACAGAGCCAACAGUUUAGUAUAGACUACUGGUAUUUUUGACAUUUAGUAUCAAUGGAGGAACUCAGAAUGCUAGAUCAGGCCUCUAAUACGAACUUUUACCCCCUGUUAUUAUUUUAAAAAAUGAGCAUCAGACAGCCCUGUAUAAAAGUGCAAAAGACCUCCAGGAGUUUCCAAAGCUGAAACUUCAUAGCUGCACUGCAGAUUGGAAACAAUGAAUGGAACAGUAUGUCAAUAAAAAAGAUUUGUAUUGAAUGGAGA